GCUUCAGAAAUCAUUUAACAAUUCGCAGGAACUCGGAAAUUUCAGAAUUGUUGUAUGAAAUAAAGUUACUUCCGUCAAUUAAGCUUACUUAAACAUACAGAGAGUAACUCAGACAUACUUCUAGAUACCAAGAUGAUCGCCUACCUCCUCCUUGUCGGAGUUUCUGUCUCUGUAGUCCCCGGGACCGUCUCCAAUUGUUGUUUGCCACUCCAGGUCCAGACAUACAUGGAUGUUAUGACGUCAGGGAGUCCAAAGGAAAAACAAUUUAAGCAAAUGAUGUUUUCCUAUGAUGCCAAAUCCCAUAAAACUGCAAGUAUUUAUCUUACUCAGCCUGAGGGAUACGAAGUCAACAUUAUACAAGAUUUCGCAGCAGGCAAGCUAUAUAACUGGAAUCGAGAUACUUGUCAAGUAUCUCCGAGCGGUGCCUUUUACAAUAUAUGUAUUCCAGCUGAAGCUAAAUCUGUACAAAAGACUUUCAUGGGAGUGUCUCCAGACAUUAUUAACUUGGACACCUAUAUGAUUUCGCAGAAUAAUUUCACAUUUUUCUACAGAGUCGGGUUAAACUGUGCCUAUGUUGAAAUUGGUGGAUUCUCGUCGAAGAUUCCUCAAACUGAUGUGCAGCUGUUGUACGUCUUUUACAACACAACAAUGGGAAUCAAAGAUCCAUCUGUCUUUAUUCCACCAAAGAUGUGCUUCAAAAAUGUCACAAAAAUUGACAGAAAACCUUGUUUCCAGACAAAUCACAUCAUUAAUUAUCUUGAAGAUCCAAAUCCCUGUUUUCCUUGAAAUUGUUAGAAAUCUAUCUUCCUUUCUUGUAUAUAAUGUUAAAAUUAAAAUUGACUAACGAAGCAACUUAACAUGAUGAACAUUUUUCCAAAACCAUUUGUAUGUAAAGUCCAUUCAAUCAUACCACAAACCAUUUCAUCCUUUUUCA